AGUUAUCUCUAUCUUGGUUCAAACCAAAUAAGUGAGUGGUCAAUUACCUCCUUUACCGAGAAAAAUUGUAAAAUUGGACGUCUCCAAUAACUCUCUGUCUGGAUCUCUGCCAUCUAACUUUGGAGCUCAAAAUCAACAAAUGGUUACGCUGAUUCUUUCCUUCAACAACCUAUCUGGCCAUAUUCCGGAAUCCUUUUGCAGAAUGGAACAGUUGGCCGCCUUGGACUUAGCAAACAAUCUUUUUGAGGGAGAAUUGCCUCAAUGUUUCGGGAUGACAGGUAUGGCAAUCGUUCUUUUACAAAACAAUAGAUUCUCUGGCUCGUUCCCAGUUUUCCUAGAACGCUCCACAAAGCUACAACUCGUAGAUCUAUCAAGGAACAAUUUCUCCGGCAAAUUACCAACGUGGAUUGGUGACAAGAAGGAAUUAGUGCUUUUGCUACUAAGCCACAAUGUUUUCUCUGGGAUUAUUCCGAUCAAUAUCACAAAUCUUUCAAAUCUUCGUCAAUUGAACCUGGCAGGCAAUAGUCUAUCAGGUAACAUACCUUGGCGUUUGUCAAAUUUAGAGGCAAUGAAGGAAGACAACUACAUUUUUAACCUUGACAUACCUGAUGAUAGCAGUUAUAAUAAUUUAUCCGUAUUCACAAAGCGGACAGAACUUUUUUAUGGUCCAAAUAUUUUCAGCGCGGUGAACAUUGACUUGUCAUCAAACUAUUUAGUUGGUCAAAUUCCAGAGGAAAUAGCUUCUCUUGCACUUCUAAAAAAUCUGAAUUUGUCAAGGAAUUACCUGAGUGGAAAAAUCCCACAAAAAAUUGGGUCGUUAUGGUCACUGGAAUCACUAGAUCUCUCAAGGAACAAGCUUUCGGGGGAGAUCCCUCCUAGCCUGUCAAAUUUAUCAUAUUUGAGUGAUUUGGAUUUAUCACACAACAAUCUAUCGGGAAGAAUACCAUCGGGAUCACAGCUUGACACCCUCUAUUUUGAACAUCCUGAUAUGUAUAGCAGUAACGAUGGUCUUUUCGGAUUUCCUCUUCAAAGAAAUUACUCGGAAGGAAUUGCACCAAAGCAGGGCUAUCACGAUCAUAGUAAAACCCGACAAGUAGCUGAGCCAAUGUUCUUUUACCUUGGGCUUGUGUCAGGAUUUGUUGUUGGCCUAUGGGUGGUGUUUUGCACCAUACUCUUCAAGAAGACAUGGAGGAUUGCCUAUUUCUCUCUUUUUGACAAGGCGUGUGACAAAAUAUACGUGUUUACUGUUGUUACUUGGGCAAGAGUAUCUCAAAAGACGAAUGUACAAUAAGCUAAUUGGAAAAUUUGAUUAGAACGACGUGCGUAUGUUGGUGCUGGGUCACACUAAAAGCAUCUAAUACUCUAAUGUGGUGUGGUGUGGCACAGUGAUGCUUGUUUAUUUAAUUAGUUCUGUGUGUUGUAUCUUAAUAGGGAUUAUACGAUAUUAUCCUUACUUUCCAUUAUUACUCUGUAAUUUUUUAUCAUAAUGUUUGUUUCUUUAAGUUGCUUUACUAGGAACAUG